AUGUCUUACACCCUCUACGACGGUUCCAUCGCCACUGCCCUGGAUGUUCUUGGCUCUCUGAAGGCAAUCCUCAAAAAGGGCCAGGAGGCUCCCAACUCUGCUACCUUCCCCGAUGCCCGCAUCCACGACGACAUGAACCCGCUGAGCUUUCAGGUCCAUGUCGUCUGCGACAUUGCUCAGAAGAUGGUUGCCCGCAGCACUGGCGUCGAGCCCCAGAAGUUUGAGAAUAACCUAAAGACCUUUGACGACUUCUACAAGCGAAUCGAACUGGUCGAGGGGCUUUUGACCAAGACGGACAAAGAAGUCGUCAACAAACGAGUUGGCGACAUCGUCCCUAUCGGACUGGGACCUGGCAAGAAUGCCGAGAUCCCCAGCCAUGCCUACGUUACUGGUUAUGCCGUUCCUAAUCUGUUCUUCCACCUCGCCACCACUUACAACAUCUUGCGCAAGGAGGGCGUCGCUUUGGGAAAGAUGGACUAUCUCCUGCCUUUUAUUGGAAAGCACGUCUCCGAGUAA